AUGGCGAGCUAUUUUCGCCAUUAUCGUUGUGGUAAAUUGCAUGAGCACGGAGCACGUAAUCAUGGUAAGCAAGGACCAGUCGGACCGAAAGGAGAUGUUGGACCUAUGGGAAUCCCCGGUCUUGAUGCUCCAUGCCCCACAGGACCCGAUGGUUUACCUCUACCGUAUUGUUCCUGGAAACCUAUGGAUGUAGGUUUUGAUCCCAUUGUGUUACCCCGUGACUAG